CCCGUUACCAUAGUGACGGACGUACACAUCGCGGGACCUGCACGGAAUUUUUUGAGAUACUGUUUGGAUUAAGCAGGCGAAUCCAUCUGCAGCAUGAAUUUAAACGACUUCAAGCUGCUUCCUAACAAGCCCAAAUCAGUCAGGCUGAACAUCAGGAAUUUGCAUGAACUGAGGAUGGAGACGGUACAGCUGGAUCAGGAGAAUAAAAACAUGGAGCUCAGACUGCAGCAGCUGCGUGAGGCCAUGAGCCGAGAGAAACAGGAGAGAGAGAAGUGUGGAGCUCUUCGCUGGAAAUCUGCUCAGAUUCCAAACGGACUGAAGAAUAAAGAGACGAAACCCGAGAGUAUUACUACCGGGAAAAUGAAGAUCCGACUGCUGAAGGACGAACCGCUACCAGUUGAGAGGGUACCUGAGCCUCCACCUAAGGAUGGACGAGGCAGGAAAUCCAAACUAAAAGGAAAAGUGUGUGGACAGUGUGAAGCCCGAACUGCUGGACUGGUGUGUGCGGAAUGUGGAGAGGAUUACUGUGUUGGCUGCUUUGCCAGAUUCCAUCAGAAGGGGGCACUGAAGUUCCACCACAUGAUCCCUGUACAGGCGGAGCUGCACACCUCCAUCAGCAGUGUGGACGUGCGGAACCGAUUCCAGAAGAAUGAAGAAAAGGAAGCAGAGGAAGAGCGGUCUGAUCGCUCAAAACACAGCGCUGAUGAAAAACACGCCACACAGGUGUUGUUGGUGAAUGACGGAGAUGUAAUGGAGGAUGAGGAAGGCGAGGAGCCGGAGGAAUCUUUACUGAGAGGGCAGUUUGAUGAAGAGGAAUCUUCCAGAUCAUUCCAGCAGGCGCUGAUGCAGUGGAGAAACUCACAUGCAGAGAAAAAAUGCCAUCAAUCUGACAGCAUGGUGCAAACACCACGCCCAGUGAGCGUCGAGGUGACGGGUACGCAGUCUGAAGAAAGACCUCCAGCCAUCCGUAUUGAGUUUAGGGAUCACGGCCUGAGCUACAUGGAGAAGCUGCUGCUGAAGAAACACCGCAGAACUCCUAUCGAAUCUUAUCGGCUGCUUUCCACCUCCAGCUCCCCACAGGACCAGAAUGUUCACCCAUCCAAACAACCCAAUGAGGAGAACCACCAGUUAACAGCUGAGGAGCUGGAUCUGCACAGCUACUGCGUCUCUCUGUUCUCCGUCUCCACCUCAGCAGGACCAGAAGAACCGAAUUACGUUCCUAAAUCCCACCCGAGUAUCACAGAGAUAGAUGAGACGGCUGCAGAUUCAGCUGCGGAAGCUUCUUCUGGAGUCACACAGAGAGACGAUGAUGAGAAAACAUUCAACCAAGCAAGAAAGGGCGCAUCUGCACCUCCCCGAGUAGAAGAACUUGGAGAGCAAACAACAUCAAUGAAUCUGUCUGGAAGAACGUUUACUAACGAAGCAAUGCUAAAUCAGUUCUUACAAUCACCCCCAUCUAACCAACGUCCAUCAUCACUCACGUCCCAGAAUCUUAAACAGUCUGAGGAUACCUUGGUUACCGCAUCUUCCCCCAGACUUGGUGACUUCCUCAAAUCACAGACGUCUCAAGGAUCUCAAGAGAAGUCAAUGUUUGAGUCAGUACAGGACUGGGAUUUCUCUCUUUCUGCUUCCUUUCAGUCCCAGAGCCUAAUGCAUUCCACACCAGUACUGUGCAGAUCUCCAGUAUUGCCUGUUUCCUCUAGUCCAACACCUUUAGGGCACCUUCAUACAGGUUCCAAAGCUUUGGAUCCAUCAUUGUCAGUGGCUUCCCUUCUGCAAGAUGAAGUUUAUUGCACCACGAAGCAUCUGGACUCAUCACAAGACAAUCACACAGUGGAUAAUGAAGCAGUGUUGCAUCAGGUCUCACUAUCAUCUAGACUCGAUGAUUUGACUCAAUCACAGACAUCACGAUCUUCACCAAACGCUACGUCAACACCAAAUUACCUUAGUCUAACGUCUGGUGAUUCCCCACAUUUGCAUUCUCCUUCUCUGAGAUCCCAGAACCCACUGCAUUCCACGUCAGUUCAGUUCCAGUCUCCAGAAUUCCCUGUGUUCUCUGAGCCAAAUAUGAGUACAACACCUUCAAAGCACCAUCAUAAAGGUUACAAAGCUCUGGAUCUACCAGUAUCUGUGCCGUCCACACCAAAAGAGAUCCCAGAGUCCCACAGUCCAUUGCUUCCCACGUCAAUUCUGUGCCAGUCCCCAACGUUUCUGGAUUCAUCUGGGCCAGCACCUGUAGAUCCAGCAUUGUCGGUACCUUCCCACACAGAGGAGACAUUUGGAGGCCCGACAAAGUCACUUGAUUCCUCACUAUGUCCCACACCAGCAAAUGAAGUAACGUCCAGGCAGGUCUCACCAUCACCAAGACUAGAUACAUUUUCUAAACUACAAACACCAACACAAGACUCUGAUUCUUUUCCUGCUCCUUCUUCUUAUUCUCAAGCCAAGAGUUCAUUGAUUUUCUCUUCACCUCAGCGCCAUCCUCCACUAUUUCCAGUUUCCACUGUGGCAGAACUUCCAGAACAGCAUCACAUAAGCUACAAAGCUCUGGAAAUGCCAUCAUCUUUGCAAUCCAAAGAGGAGCAAGAUGACUGGCUAAUACUAGAUGUCUCACAAAAAAGUCGAACACCAGCUAAUGAGGGAAUGCUAAGUCAGGUCUCACCAUCACCAAGACUCAGUGACCUUUUUGAACCUCUGACACAAAGAACAUCAGCUCAAUCAAGAUCCAGGUCAGUCAUCGAACAAACCAGGACAACACAAGACUCUCAGAAUAUUUCCCCCUCCCCUCGACCCUACAGCUUAUCGACUUCCACAUCAGCAUUUCCUGUUUCACCUUUAGAACUCAAAAGUAGAGGCUUUAAAGAUCUGAACCCACAAUCCACAAUCCUCAGAUCAACUCCUUACACAUCCUCAUCUGAACCUCAGAAAUGUCCUGCAUCUGCAGAGGAACUGUCCUCAGAGGAUGAGGAACCUAAAGAACAAAUAAACCUAUCAGGGUCUCAUAUUGCUCCUCACCCCAGCUCACCAGAUUCAGACAUGUCAAGUGAGAGCAUGGGUCUGAUGCCCUCUGAUAAUGAAGGCUCUUCUGAUGAAGAUAUGAGGAGCGCUACAGUACAGGCAGUGGAGCCGGUGCAGAGGAGAAGCAUUUCCUCCUCCCAGCGAUCGUUCUCAGAGGAUUCGCUCCUCUCUCAGAGCUGCAGGAGCACUGAGAAUUCAGGACUUUUCACUGAACCGUCUACGACUUUGAGAUCAUUAGCCCAGAGACAUUCUAGUGUAUCCUCACACUAUCAGGGUCUGAAUGGUUUCCUCAAUCUGGGAGUGGACACCGUGUCCAAUCCAUUGAACCCAGCUCUAUCAUACACUCCUGAAGAGACACUGACCCACCCGAUACACUCCGAGAGCUUCAUAACAGGUAAAGCAAGCUGGAGACCAGACAGCAGCCUUCGACAUCACAUAGAGGCGGAGCUUGUUAAUGAAGUGAUCAACAACCAACCAAUCAGCAUCAGUUUACAUUCUGCUACACCAACCCGCAAAACAGUGCAACCCGGGAGUCCAAAUGUAUCAGACGUCUCUCGUCCCCCGACCGCUCCUUGUUCUCUGAGUGUCUCUCGUCCGGCUUCUCUGAAGGUUCGGACUGUGGAGAUGGUGGACCCUGCACUCUCUGAUCAGGAUGAUGAAGAGGAGGAUGAACUCGCCCUCAUGUCUCUGGAGGAAGAGCUCAGACGGAUGAGCGCUAAACCAGGUCAACUUAAUUCAUACAGGCAUAAAGCCGUCAGAAGAUGGGAAGAGGACGACUCAGAUUUUUAAAUAUUCCCACUUUUAAAUGUAUUUAUAACAAUUAUUACUGGCUCUUUCUUUACUGUUUAUUAGUUUAUAAUCACAUAGAAUUUAAAUAUUUUGUUCAUAAAACAGAACAAAUGCUAAAAAUCCAUCACAACAGUAAAACAUGAAUAUUUUUUUAAUAUAUUUAAAUUACUGUAACACUUCUGUUAUGCUUUUUUAUACAAA